AAAAUGUGAUGAAAGCAAUGUGAAGAAGCUCUGAUACAGAGGCUACGAGGGAGCAACCACGCUUCCACAUUUGAGGAUAAACGACCAAAGCCAAAGAGCUGCUCAGAAAACCACAGAACAAACAUAUAAAAUCAAAAGGUGAGAGCAAAGAAGCGAAUUACUUCUGACUUCCAACCACUGAGCCCAGGAUCGCAGUCAGGAUGGUCACCCUGGACCUGAAGGCAGUGACGACGCCGGUGGGCGUUUUGCGGAUAUUGGCGGUGGUCCUGACCUGCAUCUCCUUCAGCUUGGUGGCAUCGGUGUUCCACACCACCGAAUCCUUCUGGACAUACUGCAUGUUCACCUGGUGCUUCUGCUUCUGUGUCACCAUACUCAUAAUCGUGCUGGAAUUCACCUCUCUCAGUGCAAAGCUGCCCAUCUCCUGGAAUGACUUCACAGCCGCUUUUGCCAUGUUGGCCAGCCUAAUGGUGCUGGUAGCGUCCAUCGUCUAUCCCAGAUUCUACGCUUGCCAGCUAUGCGGCAGACAAAUCGGUGCCUCCGUCACUUCCUGGCUUUGCUGGAUCGUUUACCUCUCAGAGGUUAUCUUUACCCGAGCCAAGCCUGGAGAAAUCAGCGGGUUUCUUUCCACCGUCCCGGGUCUCCUCAAAGUUCUGGAAGCCUUUGUGGCCUGCAUCAUCUUCAUCUGUUUGGACUACACCGGCUACGCUCUAUUCGCAGGGCUAAAGUGGUGUGUGGCCGUCUACUCCAUUUGCUUCAUUUUUGCCAUCCUUGUCAUCAUUUUUACCAUCUGCCGCCUGCUGACGCUCUUUCCUGCGCCAUUUGACAAAGUGCUGAUUGUCUGCAACGUGCUGGCGGUGCUGAUGUACGCCACCGCCGCGGUCAUUUGGCCGCUGUACAGCUUCAGGAACAGAUCCAGGCCGAGCAUCUGUGAUCUACCGAAUGUCGUCUGUGGUUGGGAUUUAUCAAUUGUCGUCACUAUCAUGACCUACCUCAACCUCAUUGCUUACAUCGUGGACACGGUUUACUCUUUCAGGCUGGUCUUCUUCGUCAGCCGUACAUAGCUGAAUAAAAAGUCAUCUUGAACAACAGUAUUUAUAUCACAUACAGUUUGUUGUCAUGACAAUCCGAACACGCACUUGUUGACUAAAAGAAGCUUCUACAUCACUGGCAGGGUCUCUUAGAAAUGUCCUUAUUUUUAUUCUUCUGUAAUUAUGUUAGCCUGUGAAUAAAAGUGUGAAUUUUCAUGGAAAACACAAAAAUGUCUGGUGAGUCCAAACUUUUGAAGUGAUAGAUUUUAGCUUAAAUUCAGAGGAGGAACUCCAUUCUCCUUCUUUGUUCUUUUACUUCCUCUAUGAUUUCAAUCAGAGCUUUAUUACUUCUCUUAUUUUGAUAAAUGUGGUGCAGAUGCUUGUUGUUCUCAUGUGAAAUAUUAAUAAAAUUCCAUAACAGUGA